AUGGAUUCUCCACCAUGCUUAUGGUGGCUAUUAAUUUUAGGCUCAAUUGUACAUCUUGUACAGCAACCCCAACUUCUUCAGGCACAUAGAUUUUCCUUCACACAUCACCCAAAGGGGCCUUUCACAAAUGUCACCAAACACCUUCACUUCCCAAAUUUUCACACAACUUCAAGCCUUGAAACCAAUUUUCCUCAACUAAAAUUCCUUGGCAAUGCAAGAGUCUCAGAAGAGAAGGGUGUGAUUCAAAUACCCCAUUCAUCAUCAUCACAAGCUGAUCAGCCUACAUACCAAGUAGGCAGAGCCAUUUACUCCUCUCCUAUACGCCUCUUCGACCCGUUAACACUAACCCCAGCUUCUUUCGAGACCACAUUCUCCUUCCAAUUCACCACUAACUCCAUGGCAACUCGCGGGGGCAAUGGCCUUGCCUUUGUCAUUUCCCCCGACGAGUUCACCAUAGGACGACCGGGCCCCUGGCUCGGAAUCCUCAACGAUGCAUGCAACCAUUACAAGGUGUUUGCAGUCGAGUUUGACACUAACCACGAUCCGCAAUUUGGCGACCCCAAUGAUGAUCACAUUGGCAUCAACCUUGGGGCGGCAGUCUCAUUCAAAACCGCCAAUUUGUCAGAAGCUAAUAUUUCCCUCCACAAUAGCAAAGUCCACAGAGCAUGGAUCACCUAUGAUGGCAAUCAUAAACACAUCAACAUCCACUUGGGUUUAGACGGUAACCCAAUUCCCUCAAAACCCAUAUUGUCUUCACCUCUAAACCUCUCUCCAUUUCUUCAAGAGUACAUGUUCGUAGGGUUCUCUGCUUCCACUGGAAAUUCAUCACAAAAUUCAAUCCACAAUAUAAUUUCAUGGGAAUUUUCAUCCACAGUACAAGCUUCUCUUCACGUCCCAUCCACCAAAAUUUGCCACAGAAAUGUAGCGCACCUAGUCUCCAAGUACUCCACCACACCCCACACAAACCCACCAAGCAGUUUCUUGAUCUUUGUGGCUCUGCUAGUCUUGAGCUCAGUGGCUUUGCUCAGUUUUUACUUCAGCCGCAUUAAAACAGACACCUCGGAUGCACUUUUGUUCUUCGACACAAAACAGAGGCCAAUGCUCCCAAUCAGUCCUCGCCGUUUCACAUUUGCGGAGCUCUACAUCGCAACGCGGCGUUUUGACAAAGCCCAAGUGUUGGCCACCGACUGUAGAGGAGGCAGCACGUCCGUUUUGUACAGAGGGACGCUUGUGAAUGGGUGUCAAGUUGCAGUGAAGCGAUUCUCGACUCAGUUCUUGAGUUCCGCCCGAGUUACGAAACGACUCGGCGAUCAAAUAACUCGGGCGAGUCACCCGAGUCUACCCAACAUACGCGGGUGGUGCUGCGACGGUAGAGAGGCCAUGAUCGUCUACGAUCAUUACCCGAACGGAAGCUUGGACAGGUGGCUGUUCGGGAUUGGAGCGCUGCCAUGGACGUGGCGGCUCAAGCUCGUCAAGGACAUAGCAGAGGGUUUGAGCUUCCUCCAUUCCAAGGAGCUCGCUCAUGGAAAUUUGAAGGCGAGCAGCGUCUUCCUGGAUAUAAAUUACCGACCUAUCCUUGGAGAUUACGGGUUGGAGUUCUUUCUGCCCGGGUCGGGUCGGGGCAGCAUGGGCGAUGUGUUCCGGUUUGGGAUAUUGGUUUUGGAAACUAUGGCGGGAAGGAAAGGGGAGGGUCUUUUGGGGUUUGCGAGGGAGAUGUUUGAGAAGGGAGAGAUAGGGAGGGUUGUGGAUGAGAGGAUGGGAGACCGAGUUAACUCGGAGGAAGCGAUUCGGAUUUUGAAAAUUGGGCUGAGUUGUACUGUGAGCGAGAGUUGUAGGAGGCCUUGCAUGGAAGAGGUGGUUCAGUGCCUUGCAUCUAGUUCCCAUAGUAGGCCCGUAGUGCUUUAG